CCAGGCGGGAAAGGAAGCGAGUGCCGAGGAGAACUGCCUGCAGGCGUUUAGUCACAUAAACAUCGACUUUUACUUUAAAUGGCGCUUUAGAUCUUCUUAACCUCUCUCUUUAUGACUUUCGCUGUCUUUUAAAUAACCCUUUUAGAGUUUUGCCCUGGUAACGCAACGGAAGUUGACAUUUUGUUGUCCAGUAAACUGAAGCGAGGAUCACAAAGGCUGCAUUUGCCAGAAUGGAUGUGUUCUACAUGUCAUGGUGUUUUGAUUCAUGAUUUGAAACAGACCUUGAAUGAAGGGUUCACAGACCAGCUUUGAAAGAACGGUCUCCUCCUCGCCGUCAUGAAGCUCAACGAGAGAAGUGUGGCACAUUAUGCCACAUGCAACUCUCCUCCUGACAAGACGGGCUUCCUCUUUAAGAAAGGGGAACGGAACACGGCGUACCACCGACGCUGGUUCAUUCUGAAGGGGAACAUGCUCUUCUACUUCGAGGAGAAGGAAAGUCGAGAGCCAAUCGGGGUCAUCGUCCUGGAGGGCUGUACAGUGGAGCUCUGCGAGUCUGAAUCGGAAGAGUUCGCCUUCGCCAUUAAGUUCGACUGCAUCAAGGCAAAGGUGUACAAGAUGGCCGCAGAGAGCCAGGCCGCGAUGGAGUCGUGGGUCAAGGCUCUGUCACGGGCUAGUUUCGACUACAUGCGCCUGGUAGUGAAGGAGUUGGAGAGGCAGCUGGAAGAGGUACAAGAAGAAGCGAGAUCUUUACAGAUAAAGAAUAAGCAGAAGAAACAUCAGCCACAAGUGCAAGCAGCCGCGCCAGGCUUCCGAGUCGCCUCAGUCACAGGUCUUUCGCAGCUUCGUGAUCCGUUAGAGGAAGAGCUGUCUCCUUUGGCGAGUUCCAGUAGGGAGAACGGGGUGUCUUGGAAUAAGCCUACGAGUGUGGUUAAUGGUAUCAGCGAGGGUUGGGCCUGGGAGGGGGACUGCAGCGGGAAGGGGGAUGGAGUCAGACCACCUCCAAUACCUCCACGGAGAAAGACCGUUGGCGGGUCGCUUGGGAGCCCUGUUUCACCUGGCACAGAGUGCUUCUCUAAACUGCAUGACUGGUACGGUAAAGAGGUGGCUGAACUUAGAAUAGAGUGGCUUCAGAGCCAAUGAAUCAGCCACGCUCUGCCUUAAGCGAUUGCAAGAGAGUCAACCCAUAAUUUCCACAGAUAACGGUGUGUUUACAGUUUUUGGUGCAAUCUUAGUUUAGCGGGAGAAAGCAGACGUACAGUAACAGGCCAGAUAUAGAACCUGACAUAUAAGAUGCAUCAGAAUGUUAGGGACUCGUUUCCUGUUACAGGUUGGCAGCGUGUUUUUUUUUCCAUUUUAAUUAAGACCAAAACAUUUUUUAAGAAAUACUUCCUUGCAACUCAAAUGUAUUAUUUUACAGAACACCCGAAGUGCUCUUAUUCCAUAUAAUAAAAAUAUAUCAUUCCAUAUAAUUACACUAUAUUUCCAGGUCUUUUGAAGCCAUAUAACUUCUUUACGGUGCAAAAUAUGAAAAAGAGCACUCUUAAUAUUUUAUUUCUUUUCUGUACUGCUGAAGAAUAUCAGUCAUCAGAGUCUGCUAUGACACCAGGCUGGUAAAUGAAUGUUAAACAUGGCUCUUAGCUUUAUCUUGAGAUGUAAGCUCAUGAAGCAUUCAUUGUAUUUGUCAGUUCUUUCUCAUGUUUUAUAAAUUUCCAUGAUAACAUUGCAGUCUUUUCUACUGUAUAGCAGCGGUACGAUAUCAAUGUUUUCAUUAUCAAAAACACUAUGAAUGUUAAACAGGAAGGUGCCAAAGCUGGUCUAUGGCAACCAUAAUUAUUUUUCAGUAAUAUAGAGUAGAAAUGCAAUUUUGAGUAACGGCACUAAUCGUUGAAUUGCAAAAGAUGCAUUGCAAGAGUAAUACAGUUAUCAUAAAAAGCAUUUUCAAUCAAACCUGCCAAUUCCUAAAUGGCCCAAAAAAAAGUACCUUAAAGUAAUAAGUUUUACAGUCUUAAAGUUGUUUGUGCUUAUUUACAUGUAUAUUAUUGUGCCAAUAAGCAUGUCAGUGCUUUACCUUUCCUAUAUAAUACUGACCAAGUUUAGCCAUCCAUGUGUGAUCAACAUUUAAUACAAUAUAAAAGAUAUAGGCAGCUUCAUGAUGUAUUUAUGGCUCUUUUUUUAAAGGUACAAAUUGACGCAUUUUGAUCGUUGUGUGCAAUCCUGCAGUCUUGCCUUGACAAUAAGUGGCUCCACAAUCACAGUGCCUUCAGAUUUUAUAUAAAAAACCACUGCGUUUCAUUCAACAAUAAAAAAUAUAUGGCAAUAAAGCAGCAAUUGUGAUUAUGGUUUUUACCUAAGUGUUUUUGUAAUAACUAUACUAUAUACAAUCAAAUGUCAACUGCAAUAAAGUGUUCUCUGUGUCCAAA